UAUACAUGCCACCCAUACCUUAUUUUGAGAAUUUAAAGAUUCGUGAACAAUUUAACACCCUUUUGAAAUCUUGGGUUAUUUUGAGAAUUUAACGAUUUGGGUGUUCUAGAAAAAUAACAUUUCUAUUACUCUUUUGAAAUCUUGGCUUGUUUUGAGAGUUUGAUGAUUGGGUCUGCUGAAAAUACAAAUUUUCUAAUACCCUUUUGAAAUCUUGGCACAGAUUUGUAAGGGUGAACCUGUUGGUGUUUAGGACAUAUAGGGAUCAAGAUGGAUACGCAGAACCCUGAACAUGGACAUGUAAUUGAGGUAUGUGGUGACGCAGCAGUGCAAGAGAAGGGGACUAAAGUCUGUGGUUCAGCACCAUGUGGAUUCUCAGAUGUUAAAACCAUGUCUAAGGAUGCACAGGAGAGAUCAGCAUCCAUGAGGAAACUUUGCAUUGCUGUUGUUCUCUGCGUCAUCUUUAUGGCUGUCGAGGUUUUUGGAGGUAUUAAAGCCAACAGUCUUGCUAUUUUAACGGAUGCCGCUCAUCUACUGUCAGAUGUUGCAGCUUUUGCAAUAUCCUUGUUUUCACUCUGGGCAUCAGGAUGGGAAGCUAAUCCACGCCAGUCCUAUGGGUUUUUCAGAAUUGAGAUACUCGGGGCAUUAGUUUCUAUCCAAAUGAUAUGGCUUCUGGCUGGUAUCCUUGUUUAUGAAGCCAUUGCUCGACUCAUACAUGAUACAGGUGAAGUUCAAGGCUUUCUGAUGUUUGUGGUGUCUGCAUUUGGAUUAGCCGUGAACCUCAUCAUGGCACUCUUGUUAGGUCAUGAACAUGGUCACAGCCAUGGCCACAGCCAUGGUCAUGAUCAUGGCCAUGGACAUAGCCAUGAUCACGAAGAGCAUUCUCAUAGCCAUGGUGAUCAGGACCACGGCCAUGGUGAGCGUACACAUAUACAUGGAAUUAGUGUUAGCCGACACCAUCACCAUAAUGAGGGACCUUCGAACCGAGAUCAACACAGCCAUGCACAUGAUGAUGAUGAUCACACUGUGCCUCUACUUAAGGAUUCCUGUGAGGGUGAAGGUGUAUCAGGAGGUGAAAAGAAAAAGAAGCAGCGGAACAUAAAUGUUCAGGGGGCUUAUCUUCAUGUACUUGGAGAUUCUAUUCAGAGCAUAGGGGUCAUGAUUGGGGGAGCUAUCAUAUGGUAUAAACCAGAGUGGAAAAUCAUUGAUCUAAUAUGCACUCUCAUUUUCUCUGUCAUUGUGCUUGGUACAACCAUUAGGAUGAUUCGGAGUAUUCUUGAAGUAUUAAUGGAGAGCACACCGAGAGAGAUUGAUGCAACAAGGCUUGAGAAGGGGCUUUGUGAGAUGGAGGAGGUUGUUGCUAUCCAUGAAUUGCAUAUAUGGGCGAUUACAGUCGGUAAAGUACUCUUGGCUUGCCAUGUCAAGAUUAAACCUGAUGCUGAUGCUGACAUGGUGCUGGAUAAGGUGGUCGAUUAUAUUAGGAGGGAAUAUAACAUUAGCCAUGUAACCAUUCAAAUAGAAAGAGAGUAGAGACGAGGUAAAGUUCAUCUGGUCUGUUGUAGUGGUUAUUGGCUUUCUUAUUCUUUCGGAUAUUAGUUUUAAAGGAAAACAUCAUCUGCUUACGGAGUUCCAUUAUCUGUUUUGUUUCGGUAAAGUUCAUUUUGGCUGUUGUACUGGUCAUUUGGCUUCGUUAUUCUUUCGGAUAGUAGUAUAUGCAUGUUUUAUGUUGAGA